CUUUGUGAGAAUUUCAUGUGCGCGGUUGCAGAGCUGCGCUCCGUUCCACAUUUCUGCGUUCUCUGCGCACAACAGCGCGGCAGGUCCGACCAUCUGCGCUCUCUGAUGAAUUGUCAGUCUACAAUUGGAGGAAUUUUUAAAGUUAUUCUGCCAUCCAAACUUCAAGCGAUCAACGCAUUGUAUCCAAUCUCUUAGUUUCUCUGAUCUUGCGGGAUGGCGCAGUUCCUGCAGUGCGUUUUGUUGAUUUUGCUUCUGUUUGUUUGUAUGGAGAACGUUCAAGUGGAUGGAACACUUUCGAAGAAAGCUAAACAGAAAAAGAAUAAAAAACUUAAGAAUCAGCAAGCCGUUUCUAAUGUGAUCACAAGAGGCUUGGUUACAGAGACUCCCCGUAUCCGGGAUAUUCUGAAGCACCACUCUAAAUACUACAAAAAUGUGUCUCUUCAGAACUUUGAGGGUGAUGUCUUGGCCUAUGUUACACCCUGGAACUCCCAUGGUUAUGAUGUUGCUAAGGCUUUUGGUGCCAAGUUUACUUAUGUCUGCCCAGUCUGGCUACAGAUAAAAAGAAGAAAGUCUGGUUCAAUAUCGAUAGAAGGAAGCCAUGAUAUUGAUAAAGGGUGGCUUGAAGAUGUCAAAAAAUCAAAUGACAAGGCCAAAAUUUUGCCUAGAGUUCUGUUUGAUCAGUGGACAUAUAAUGACUUCCAUAUUGUGCUCUCAAGUGAGCCUGCACUGACAUCUUUAGUAGAUGUUGUCACCUCUUUUUGUCAGAAUCAUGGCUUUGAUGGAGUUGUUUUAGAGGUGUGGAGUCAGUAUUCUGGUGACACUAAAGAGGGUCUGUACUUGUUGGUGAGCAAGUUGGCCGACGCCCUUCACAAAGCGAAGAUGAAGCUUAUCUUGGUCAUUCCACCGCCUAUCCAUGCAGGCAAUAAAAGAGGCACAUUCGACAAAAACGACUUCGAGCUAUUGUUCCCAGUCCUCGAUGGCUUUAGUCUGAUGACGUACGACUACUCUUCGCCUGGGAGGCCUGGGCCUAAUGCACCCAUAGCCUGGGUUAAUGACUGUGUGCUGGCCCUAAGUCCAGAGGCUGGCAAACAGCGCUCCAAAAUCAUGAUGGGAUUGAACUUCUAUGGGUUUGACUACUCUGUAACAGGCUCGGGAGCCAUCACAUAUGAAAGAUACCUUGAGUUGCUUGAAAAGAAUAAGGAUGGAAAGUUGACCUGGGAAAAAACCUCCGCAGAACACCUCAUGAAAUUCUCAUCCGCUGGAGGUGAUCACAUGGUGUGGUAUCCAACUCUCAAGUCCAUCCAAGCAAGGUUAGAUCUGGCGAGGGACUUAGGGGUUAGUAUAGCAAUCUGGGAGAUAGGCCAAGGGCUAGACUAUUUCUAUGACCUUUUAUAAAGCAAUUAGAUGCACUAAAACAAGUAUAAGUUAAUAUAAUUCAAAAAUAUGUACUCUAAAGCAUGAAAUGCAAGAUUUUAUUCUAGUUCUUAGUUACCCACAAAUAAACUCAAAAGAUGGCCUUACGUAUGUACUAACUCUUCUUAUCCUGCUUGACAAUAACUUGUCAUUUCCGGGGCAUGUUUUUCAUCACUUUAAAAUCUUUUCACAGUCCUUCCUAAGAAAUCCAUUGUUUUCUAUCCCGAAAGAAAAGCCCAUAGGAAAACUAUUUGACAGAGCUUGUGGUGAGUUUGGUAGAAAAACUAUGCAUUUAAUUGCUUCAUUAUGUAGUGUAAUACAACCAAUCACAGCCCUCGAUGUCGAAAGAAUGGUAAAACUGUGGUUGAAGUGGCUACAAUAUUGAAUUUUCCGAAUCCCGAAUGACUCCGAAGUGAACGGGGUCUCAGUCCCCCUGGGCCACGUACGAUAGAAAGGAAAAGUUGAAGUUAUUUAAGCCUUUGGAUUCAAAUUCUCAAAUGCAUGCGUUGUUAUGUCAUCAGUGAUUUAAUAAUUUGUAAUAAUUUGUGUCUCGGGGACUAUCCACCGCUAUUCACUUCGCCUUUGGCGAAUAAUUGUUAAAUAUCCCAAGUGCUUUAAUUCAAGAGCUCGAAAUCACCAAAUAAAUACACAAACCAGCCAAGUA